GCGCAUACCAGACUCUGUACAGUUUCUGUCUGCUUACAGACAAAGAUGUCAGUCUCACUCAAGAUAGCUGCCUUGUUGCUGACGGCCUGCCUGAUGCUGCUAGGGUGUGCGGCCAGGAAUGCACCGUUGGUGAAGAGAGACUCGUCCCACUACUGUGGUCACAACUUGGUACAAGCUCUACAGCUGGUGUGUAACAGCGCGUACCAGCCUCUAUAUAAGAAAUCCAGUCACGAUGAACUCUACGGCCAGGUUGAAGACUACGGAGAGGAGAGUUUUAAACCGGAGGAUACUCCUCUGUUCCCGUUCAUGUUCCCUGUGGAAGUCCACCUCGCCAGUCAGGGCGUGAGGGCGCGGCGGGGGGUGAGUGACAGUGCUGCUACAAGCGCUGCUCCAUUGCAGUCCUCAAGAGCCUCUGUGGUUGAAUAUUUGUUGUAAGAAACAUUUUA